UGUAACGGGAGGUGUGUCAGUCAUGGCCACUCUCUCAUUAUACAUAGUCAGUAUUUGUUUUCCCGUUGUCUUGCUAACCGCUCGUUUCACACAAAGCGCAAUAACGAAAUGUGAGAAAAUAUCGUCAUGUUCUUGCAAGACAAACAACGGCAAAGUAAUAGACUUGAGUCCGCUGGCUGGCGUUGGAACUCCUAGAUUCAAGGAUAAGAUGUCACCGUCGGGAGACCUGUUUUCGUGGAAUCCUUGUUUUGCGUUCAGUGAGGGAGGACUAUCUGGACUAGCGGCAUGUCAGCAACGGCCUGCAUUACCUCCCCUGUUUUACAAUACUGGCAGCCAGGACAGCGCCGUGUUUGAGGUGGACGCGUCCAAAGGGUUACAAGUAGUUUACACCGCCACCACUGACGUGUUGAGAACGACGAAAGUAACGCUGAAGUGCGACCACAACAAGGAACAAGAGUUCACAGCGCAAGGGGAAGUAACUCCUGGAGUGGCUGUAUAUGACCUCACUCUGGUGAGUAAAUAUUGCUGUGAGGACGAGCGUGAGAUAACUGUUACGGUGACACUGUCGAUAGGCAGCAUCCUGAUCAUCGUGUUUUUCUCCGCCUUGCUUAUGUACCUGCUCACCGGAAGUGUAGUUCAGAAGUAUGGACGGAAAGCAGCAGGCCGUGAAAUCAUUCCGAACUAUGUGUUCUGGUCGUCAGUUCCCGGAUACAUAAAGAGUGGAUUCAUCUUUACCGGAAGUUGUAUUAAACGUACAAAGACAUAUGAUAAUAUAUAGAUUUGGAAAUUUCUAUAUGGGCCUGGCAUUAUACAGACAGUGCUGCGCAAUGAUGACGUCAUAGUGUGACAUGCGUGAUAGAUAAAAAGAAAAAAGCGCUGGAAACAUCAGACAUAUCAAAUAUAUAAAACUCCGAGUGUUUGACCUCAGUAAUGGUCCUCAAAACUACAGAAAGACACGAGAGGUGAUACUACAUUAUUAUUUGAUCUUUAUUUGUAUAUUACAUGUACAGUAUAUUGUUCCAAGUGAAACAGAAAUACUUCAUU